AUAAUUUCCAAAAUAAAAAGAUUAAAAAAUAACAAACUCCUGACAACGUGAGAAGUUUGACAUGCGCGUUACCGAUCUCAUUCAAAAUUAUUAAAUCCGCAUGGAUUAAAUCUCCUUCAUUACAUCGUACAGAGAACAAUAGAUUGUUAUAUAUCAUUAUACCACUAUAUAUAUAUGGGUUUGAUCGAGCAUGGUGGCUGUUUGUUUACAGCCAGUAUGCGUAUGAAGAAACUGAUAUUAUUGCGGAUUGCAGAUCCUGGGCUGUGAAAAGAAGGAUAUUACGCAAGCUGGAAGUAAUAAUGUUCCAAGUGAGCCAAAGUAUCUAACAAAAGUUAAAUUGAUAAGUUUAAGAAAUAUAAAAGGAAGAAUAUAAAAAGAAAAAAAAAGUAAUUUAUAAGAAUAGUAAGAGCGAUCGGUUCCAUCCCAGAUAUACUGGCGUUCUAGAUUUGCCGUCCCAGCAUUAAAAUGUCUUCGCCGAAUAUCUACCGCGUCUAGAGAAAAGAAAGGAACGUACGCUCUGGCAUCUACUUUCAUUGCUCUCAGUUCUACCGGACCUAUAAGGUGCAAGUACCGUUCAUCUCUUAUCUUCUCAUAUAUAUUUACAUUACACAUAAAUAUUAUAAUAUCCAGCGACUGUUAAAAAAAAAAAAAAAAACACAUAAAAUUGUUAUUUAAAUCUUACGGGUUUAAUUUAAUAAAAUAAAAAUAUGCAGAAGAGACUGGUGGUGAUAGUGCUGCUGGGAUUGACGCACGUGCCGGGUUUUACGCUGAGCUGGGAUGGAUGCGGUGGAAGACUUGAACGUGCUCUGGAUGCUAUGCAACGGGAGUCAACGCGAAGGAACCGUCAUGAUGAUGAUGACAAUGCUGUUGUUUAUCAACGAAAACUUACGUCAGCUCCACUUGAGAUGACUGUCACACGUGUUUCGGUAAAGGUACCAAGUUCGGGAAAUAAUCGUGAUGGCACGUGGGCCAGAGUCGAUAAAUGUCAAUAUGAGCCGAGUAAUAAUUCACUGAAAAGUCGUGUAAUGUUCAAUGAUUUAUCAGUGUCAGGAUUAGUAUUGCUGGUACCAAGCCAGCGACAUUCAUCACCAUCAUCAUCAAGCAUGGGCGAGUCCUGUCGGAUGAGUUUAAGAUUGAAACGCGCUGGUGUUGAAUUUUCUACGAGCCCAAUAGCCCGCGCAAGGGGACAAAUGAGAAUUCGUACGGAGUCAAAUUUUUUGGAGCCGAGGUUCGCCUCAAUUUAUGCCUACGGGUGUCAUCCAACCAACCGCGUGGACAGACAGAUAAAACGACAUGACAAGCCCGCGGCAUUGACAGCUUCCAGUCAUCAUCAUAAUCUUCUUCAUCAUGAUCAUAAUAAUCAUCAUCAUCAUCAUGAUUUUGAUGACGUUGCUGAACCACGUCAUGAAGAUUUCGUUGACCAUUCGACGAAAGAAGAAGACGUUGUUAUUGCCAACGAAAGUUCCGCUUCGCGACUUGGCUACUCGCGGUUUGAUUUCGCGCCAACUAAAAAAACAUUUUGGAUUACAAAGUCCCCGGAUGAUAAACGUAAAAGGCGGUCUAAUAUUUCAGCGGAUCCGCUGGAUGACAACUUUGACAACUCCCAUGAAAGUAAAUUCCAUAAUUUUUUUAUGAACGAUUAUCCCUAUGGAGUCGAUUGGCAGUCCAAGGAGAAUGUCGCCCGGGAAAUGGAAGAUGUUUUUCUGCGAGGAGCCAGCGAGGCUCUGACUAAAUACAUCGAACACGAGCUUCAUCCUGCUAUCAAAGAAACUCUCAUGAUUUCUAUGGGUUACACUGUCAGUUGGGGAUAAUUAUCUACUCUAAAAUACAAAUAAUUAUUUAAAAUUUAAUGUCAAUAAUAAAUACACACAUAUAUUUAUAUUAAAUGCCAUCGUUUGUCCGUCAAUUCGUUCAAACAUUUGUUGAUUUAAAACGAUGGCUAAUUAUUUACAUUACCGAUAAAAAAAUUAUCGUCUAGUCGAUUUAUAUAACUAAUUUUAUAACUAACUUUUGACUUAAAUUAUAUAAAUUAUUAUAUAUAUGUAUGAAUAUAUUAAUAAAUUAAUGUACAAAUCUCA